AUGCGCGCUGUGUGCACGCUUGCGGGAGGUGGUGAAAGAGCCGUAGCAGAGAGCGGCGUGCGGCGGCGGCGCGACAGAGAGAAGCAGCAGCAAGCGCGGGAGGGUGGGAGGGAGAAGGGAAGAGAGAGGGAAAAACCCGGAUGUGGCGCAUGCGCGCUACGGCGCCUGCCUGGCCGUGUCUGCGGCGGCAGAAGCAGCGGCACCAACAACAACACCAGCCAGCCAGAGGCACGACGUAGGAGGUGGUGGCAGCGGCGGCGGCGGCUGGAACGUUCCUCCCUCCUCCUCCUCCUCCUCCUCGUGCCUCGGCCCCCCCUCCGUCUGCGCGCGCGUGCGCAGAGCGAGAGGCCGCGGCGCCCCUCAGGAAGCCUCCCCCCUCCCGGCUCGUCUCCCUCAGGGCCGCUGAGGAGGCGGGAAGGCGAUCGCGAGGGGCGGCCGAGGAGGUGGGUUAGGGGCGCCCAGGAAGGCCCCUCACCGGAGGGCGGGCGGGCAGGCCGCGGCGGCGCCUCUGCUGCUGCUGCCGCCGCCCGACACGGGGUCCCGGCCGAGGCCCAGGUAACGCCCCCUCAGCCCCUUCUUCUUUCCCCCUCUCCGCCGCUCGGGCUUUUGUUUUCGCUCCGCUCGCUUUAUUUACUACUUACUCGGCCUUGAAGCUCCUUCCCGAGUUAAGAGGCGAGGAGUAGUAAUCUGUGUGUAUAAACAUUGCGAGGCUGUGAUUGUAAUAAAUCUGCCGCGAGCAGAGAAGGAGAGACAAAGGGAGCCUGGGAGGUCUGUUUUCCCUACUCUCCCCCCCUCCCCCGGGAUCCCCUUUUGUAAUGAUUUAAAAAGGAAACUCUGCACGUCUACUCUACUUGAGUUACUCCCGAGUAACUCCUGCCUAAGAUUGAAGCCCGAGCAGUGGCUCUGGGCGGGUAAGGGGGGGCUCUUCGUGGAAGCCCCCUGCAAAUCCGCUUCGAGACUUCAUUAUUCUAAUUUUUUUUCCUGCCCCCUUUGCGCGGUGUAAGAGUUCCAGAAGUGUUUCUUUCAUCUGUUGCUCUUGCAGCGGAAGGAGGACCCCCCCUAAAAAAUAUGGUACCUUUUAAAGGCUUUACGGGACUAGUUGGUGGAAUCGUGAAGGGUUUUUUUUGGGGGGGGGUUCCCCCGAGGGUCGUCUAGUCCACCCCCGUGCAAUGGCAUGAGUGGGUUUUUGUUUUGUUUGCAGCAGAGCAAGAACACUUGCCACAGUAAACCUGCUAGUUUUUUAAAGUAUUGUAAAGCUUGUGGUGACACUGUUGUGGCGAAAAGAACAAAGAGCUUAGUGGCACCGUAAAAACCUAAAACAGAGUUACUGUUUGCAUGAGCAUUUAUGGAAUAGCGCCUGCUUCAUCUGAUGCAGGGAAGAAAAUCUGUUGCCACCGUACAUCUGCUAAAUCUCUCACGGGUUGCAAAGCUGCUCUUUUUGAAUUAUUGCGGUUAACAGUCCUGUGGCACCUUGGAGACUAGCAGUCUUAUUGUGAUGAGUUCUUCUGCAUCUGAUGAAGCAGGCGCUAGUCCGUGAAAGCUCAUGCCAUUUUUUUUUUAAUUAAAAAAACACCUGUUAGCCUUUAGUAGUAACCAUAGUAAUGAAGUGCCCUCAGCAACAUGAGACAGUUAUGUCUGUGUGUAUUAUUAUAAAAUGCAUGGAUACUUCUGUUAAUUUUCAUUUAAAGAAUGAAUUCAGAAAACUAAUUUUAAUAAUUAGCUGUAAUGCUUCAUAUGUUUCUGUGGGUUGCUGUAUACCUCUACAGUAAGUUAAUGAAGAAGUUGGCUAUAACCAACUUCAUUAAAACUUGAUCUGAAAAGUUGCUCCUGAAUGUCAUGUUUAAAAGCUCUAUUAUUAUGUCUUUCUGGAUAAUAGCCCCCAUCCAUAUUUAAAAUAUGGAAGGAGAUUACACACCCACAAGAGGUGAAUUGGUGGGUCGAGAGAGAAGCUUUGUAAAGCAUGCUGUGAUGUGCCCGAAAAAAGUGAUCUGGAAGUGAAUAAUACUGCCUGAAUCAGUGGUAGUAAGUGGGAAGCAUUUUGUACAGUCAAUAUAAGAAGCUUGUUUUUGUCAUACAAGGAUUGUGAAGUACUGAAAUACAAGGUUAUAGAAGCUAUUCACUUCUUUAGAAGAAGUUCUUUAUGCUUUAUUCUUUAUGUCUGAAGAAGUUCUUUAUGCUUCUUCACAUUGUUGUUAAAACACAAAGCCUGAUGUAAAAGUACUGUAGAAAUGUGAGUCAGUGUUGGAUCUAGGUUCCAAAUCUAGCCUUGGGGUAUUGCUAGCUAUUGCCUUUCAGCCUUAGUUUGUGAAAAGAAGGGUGGGUUAUCUAUUGACUUUAAUCUUAGUAGCUCAGAGUUGUGUGCAAAAGAACUUCCCCAAUGCACUGUGUUAAAACUAAUCUUGCCUCAUUGCAUUGCUCAGAGGUACAUAAACCACUGAGUGGUUUUAUUACAAUCAAGCGCUAUAUACAUUUUGUUAAGUAAAUAAAAAAUACUGCAUAGUAAAAGAGCUCUAUUGUGAAUGGCAACGAAUUUAUAAUAGCUUACGAGAUGUUUUUCCAUCACAUAUUAAGUAGGGAUGGAUUUGCUGUGAAUAUUUAUUCUACUGUUCAUCUGUCAAGUAGGGAUGCAUGUCAUCCAUCCCAUGCAAUCACACGCAUUUUAUCCUCUUUUCGCUAUCAUUAAUGUGGAUUAAGAACAUAAGAGCCUCCUGGAUAAGGCUGGUCUCACUGUAGCCAGCUCGAUGCCUGUGGACAUCCACAUGCAGGACCCCAGCACAAGAGCGCUGAAGUUUCCAGCAACUAUUAUUCAUAAGCAUUACUGUCUUCUGCCAUGAAGGUAGAGCAUCAACAUCAUGGCUAGUAGCCCUUGAUAGCUUUUUCAUCCAUGAAUUUGUCUAAUCCUCUUCUAAAGCCAUGCAAGUUGGUGGCCAUUGCUGCCUCCUGUGAGAACAAGUUCCAUAUGCACUCCAUGACAUGCUGAUGCCACUUAUGUUGGUGGAAUGGGAAAAAUCGCUAUGUAAAAUAAGCUUAAACUCAGAAGCACAGAAAAAAAUAUCACUGAGAUGAAUAGCAAGGAUUAGAGCGAAUGUGUUGAACAUGUGUCAUAAUUAGUGUGUAGCCUUGGGUGCUGGCAGGUGUUGGAAGGGAGUGGGUUGAAAGUAAUGUCGGAUGAUAACACAUCCUUGAACAAGUCCAGCUAACAGAGUUGAAUAAAGCUAUGAGCAUUUUAUGAGCAGACAGUAUUCUGGGAAUGAAGGCCAACUUCAGGCAACCAGGCAUUGGAAAAGGUUAGACACUGUGACUGCCAUUGAAAGGGUUGACAGUGCGGUGGUAGCAUUCAGUGGGUGAUAGAGCUGGAUGGCUAUUUCCAAUAGACUUGGUGGCAGGGCUGGGUGAUCUGUGGCUCUUCAAAUGUUUUGUACCACAGUUUCUAUUAUCUCUGACCAUUAGUCACACCGGCUAGGACUGAUGGGAGUUCAGAGUUCAACAACAUCUAGAGGGCCAGAGACAAGCACCCAUGCUUUAUGGAUACAUUCUCUUUAGAUAGUUUUCCCCACCACAAUUAAUGCACCAAUGAUUUUUUUUCUUUGACAUUAAAAAACUGAUCAGUUGCUUGUAUGCAUCAUUGACUGUGAGUCCACCAGCCUGUUAGGAGUGGGCUAAGUCAAGCUGUCUGAGUCGAAUUUUCCUUAGAUGCAAAAACUACUAUCCAUUCUGAAUAGGAUGAUCACAUUUCCUAGAUAUCAGAGAAUAUGGGAAUCUUGUAGGCAUCUUACUUUUUGACUGUGAUUAGAUUCCCUUGCUAUAGCUACACUUAAGCAAAUUAUCCUAACUGUCCAUUAAGUUAAUUCUGUACACUUUUAGCUACCCUUUCCUUGCUGUUUUCUUUCAGGUGAUAAGGUGAUCUUCCAUGCAGUUGUAAAUGGCUUUUUACUGGGACCAAACAUUUGAGAGUGUUUCCAGUAAAUAAGCAUUCUUUGCCUCCUGACAAUCUCCCCCGCAUCCUGCCAUUACAUCUUUUUUUUUCUUUGUAUUGUUAAUGGAUUGGAUGUUCUGGCUAGUAACAGUAUGUAACAUUUUAGUUUACUCAUUUAAUGUCAUUUAAGUAUUAGGGACACCUCUGACAUUAUAAUCUCAAUUACUUUAUAGAAACUUGUUUAUUUUAUCGUAUUCAAGCACUUUGCAUGCUGCAAGCACUCUCACUGCUCUCCAGCUCGGCUCUUCCAUUCCUCCCCCUAUUAUGUGGGAUUUCUCACAUUCUUAAACAAAACAGUGUCCUAUUGCUAGCCAGAGUUAAGUGAUUCCUUUUGAUUAUUCAAAGCUUUUGGGGUUUAUUUGUUUGUUUUUGCUUCUGACAGAAGUAUCCAUUUAUAUGUCUUAAGUCUUUGCUGUCCCUUAUCUCAUUAUUGUAUGUUGCUAUGUUGAAAUCUUUAUCAUCAGUUUUCCUGUUUGUAUAUACUCCCUAUUCAUUAUUAUUUUGUUUUGAUGCUAAACCAUGCUUUCACACAAUAUAAUUUGAUGCUACUUUUUAAUGAAACCCAGAGCUUUUGACCCAUGGCUAAACAUAAAUUAUUAUUUAUUUGCCCUCCCCUUACUGUAUUAUUAUUAACAUGGAUUUCCCCUUGAUAAUCAAAUUCAUAUUUUGAAUUUCCAUUAUGCCAUCAGGAAAUCAAAUGUGCAUGCAGAACAGAAUCACAUAGUAGACCUGAGUUCCCAUUUAAUUAACAGUUAGGUUUUACAGAAUAUAAAACUAAGCUUUUAAAUCUAUGAGUUUUGAGAUUUUUUCAGUUUAUGAAUUCACAUUCUGGGACUGGUGUGCCUUCAGACAUUAAGAUACUUAGUAAUUAUCCUUGAUGUAAGCAUUCUUGCACACACUGAAGGUCACCCUAACCUUACGCAAUACAUCAUAAAUCCCAGCAGCAUUCAAGGUCAUCCCAGAUAACCCACCUGCCUUUAGACUCUAAAGUUUGGCUGGCUACAAGGCACAGAACCUUCUCAGUACAGUCAUACCUCGGGUUAAAGUUGCUUCAGGUUGAGCGUUUUCGGGUUGUGCUCCACAGUGACCCAGAAGUAACGGAACGCGUUACUUCUAGGUUUCGCUGCUCACGCAUGCGCAGAUGCUCAAAAUGACAUCAUGUGCAGAACUGGCAAAACGCGACCCACGCAGACGCAGGUUGCGUUCUGCUCCGGAACGGAUCCCGUUCGCAUCCAGAGGUACCACUGUAGUUCCCACGUUACUGUGGGAUGUGCUAACAUGAUAUCCACUUCUCUCUGAGCUUCCAUGUGAUGGUUGUGGCUUCUUUGGAAAGCUUUUCUUACUGUAUGCUUUUUGCUACUUUUAGAUAAUUAUGAUGUUUUUAUUGUGGUGAUUUUGUAAAUGUUUUUGAGAGCCUUGUGUGGCUGUAAUGUGAGAUGUAACUUCUUGAUUUUUUAAAUAAAAUUGUCACAGGUUUUUAACAAGGAUAAAAGCCACAUAACUUCUGGAGUGAAUAAAAAGAUCAAAUGGAGUUGGGUGCUUAGUUGAUGGUUUCAGUGUUUGGCACAGAUGGACAAAUGCUGCAGUCAUUUUCAUGAUCCUUUUAUACAACCACAUGAAGCAUUUUUUGAAAAACAACUUCUUGCUACUUAAAGGUAACACAUUUUAAUUGGUGACGAGAAGAGGAGGUCUUUUGAGGUAGAAAGGGGACAGUGAGAGGCACACCUAAGUCUACUUCUUGUAGAAUGCGUUUCAUUGAAGCAGAUUUACACCAGUCAAUGAAUAAUCUAAAUGAGCCUUCCCCAGCCUGCUACCCUCCACAUAUUUUGGACUACUGAAUUUAGGAUUAUUACUGUUAUUUUCAUUUCUAUUAAGUCAUUUUCCUCCAAAGGACAGGAAACAACAAAAUUGUGAAAACAAUACGAACAUUUCAAAAACAUUGGCAAUGGCUCUAUUAGUCAUGUGGGCAUCUCAACUACAUGAAAAAAAAGAACUGACAUAUUUCCAAUUUACAAGCACUGGGUUUGCUGGACAGGUGACCUGUCAAGCUGCUAUUUACAAGCUUGGAUUAGUUGUACAUUUGUAAAGAAUAUUCCUGUUUGAUUUAGCUUCUACUCCUUCAGCUUUGUAUGUUCUAGAAGCUCCUGUUUUUUAUUUUUUUGUUCUGUCACCAUUUUUAUUGUGUGGGUUUUUUUGCAUUGUUGGCUGCCCUCAACUGCAAUAUAAAUUCUACAAUAGAAAUGCAAUAUAGGUGCAAUAUAAAUUCUACAAUAAAUACAUUUUGUUAUGUUUAUUUACCUAGGUUUAUAGAGGUUGUUAACUUGUAAAGCUAGCUUUGUUGUUUAUUUGACCGUAGCCAAUAUCAGAUUAGGCCACAAUCCUAACUACCGGUAUGUAUGCUCAGAAGUACAUCUCAUUGAAUUAGUGGAGCUUUCUCCUAGGUAGAUGGGUUUGGAUUGCAGUCUUAGUCACUCUGUUGCGGGUGCCUUUGAGAGGAAGGAGGAUAUAUAUAAUGAUGAUUAUAUUUCUUUAAGGAUUGAUCACUUUAUAUGCCAACUAUGGGCUUAUCUACACUUACCUUUCCUCUGCUCUUUCCAGGCACAAUUUGUGAUUUAAAGCUUCGUGUCUGAGCCUCUUUUUUCUUCUUCUCCAGAGCUUUCCCCACAAAACUCUACUCUUUAAAGCUCAGUCAGAGCAAGCAUCAGUCUGCUCGAAACCUGAAUUGAUGUUUACUCUGAUUGAACUUUGAAGAAUGGGUUUUUGUGGGGAAAGCUUGGGGAUGGGAGCCCGUUCUGUCUCGGACACGGAGCAUUAUACCUUCCUAGAAAGAGCGGGAGAAAAGGGAAGUGUGGGUAAGCCUUAUUACAGUGCAGUCAUGUAUAGAUAGAGAUAAAUUUGGAGGGAAGCUCUGUUGAGCUUAAAGGAAUUUACUUCCAGGUAAGUGUGCGUUGGAUCGGAAUCUACAGAUAAACCUGAGAAUUAAACAUGUAAGAAAGAGUUAAAUGUGAGUGUGCAUGUGUGCACACACAAAUAAAAAACAGGUAGAUUUUUUUUUUAAGUAAGCAAGCAAGCUUAAAUAUCUGGAAUUCCUGAGUUGCUCUCCUAUCAUAUUGUUUUUACAACAUUAAUUAAACAUAUUUCACCCAGGUCAGUAAAAGGAAAUGUAUAAAUAUAUGAUGUUGCAGGAUGAGGUAGUUAUGCACCAUAAGGUUAAAAUUGGGGGUUGUAUCCAAUGUUAGUCCUGUUCAGAGUUGAUCCAUUGAAAAGUCCUGACUAGCUUAGUCCAUUAAUUUUAAUGGGUGCUGUCUAAUUGCUUUCCUUUGAUUGACUGGCAAGUGAAUACCCCCCCUUUUGAAUACAAAUUAAAAUCCUAUUUUUAUUUGCUGAGAAGGCAGUGGCGGUUGCUACUGCUCUCAAAAGCUAGAUUAAAACUUCAGUAGCCUCUUGUUGAUUCAAGUGCUUGAAUGGCUUCCAUUAGACCAGUGGCGUGAUGAUCUUAAAAGCAUUAUUGCUCUGCACAGUUGCUGAAUGAUUCACCCCAGCCUUGAAAUUUGUUGUAGCUGGUGUCAGUGAUUGUGAUUAUUGAAUUUGUGCCAUGUUUUCAGCAGUUAAGUAUCUAAGCUGUGUACUAGAUUAUUGGUCUAGAAAUGAGUUGAGGUCAAAGCUUUGGUCCAUUAGAUGGUUUAAUACAUAUCAUUUGAGAUAUGUAUUUAUUGUUUUACCUUAUAUUUCAGUAGCAGCAUCACUCUAGUGUUGAAUAUCUUGGCUAUUGACAUCCUUAUUAAUUUAUUAAGAAAAUAUUCACACACAAAAAACAGAAGAGGCCAAUUCUAGGAAUAUGUUUCAAAACAGUCUAUUUAGCUUCAUCUAUGGGGGAGUUGAGUAUGUUUAGCCUGGAAAAGAGGAGACUGAGAUAUGAUAGCCAUCUUCAAAUAUCUAAAGAGCUGUCCCAUGAAGAUGGAGCAAGCUUGUUUUCUCCUGCUCCAGAGGGUAAGACCUGAAUCAAUGGCUUCAAGUUACAAGAAAGACGAUUCCAACUCAACAUCGGGAAGAACUUUCUGGUGAUAAGAGCUGUUUGACAGCGGAGCAGGCUCCCUCAGAAGGUGGUGGACUCUCCUUCAUUGGAUGUUUAAAGCAGAGGAUGGAUAGCCAUCUGUCAUAGAUGUUUUGGUUGACAUUCCUGCUUUGCAGGGGGUUGGACUAGAUGACCCUCAGGGUCCCUUCCAACUCUACAAUUCUAUGAUUGUAUGUAUAAAAUACUUCACAUGCAUAUGGGUGUAUUUUUGCUUCUCUAAACCACAUGUGUUUGCCUGGGCAGAAGAAAUACGGUGUACAUGAUCAGAAAGAGGAAGAGUUAAUGGCCUGGUUCUGGUCUUUAUGAAUUGCAUAGGGCAGCAGUGAGCAAACUGUGGUGCAGUACCUAUGUUGUACUUUCACUCCCAUCAACCCCUGCUGUCUUGGGCAGUGCUAAGAGGUACAGGAAACAAUGAAACCUGGAGGGCCACAGCUGUCCCCUAGGAAAUAUAGUCCAGAAAGCCAACUGAAGACUGGCUGAGUAAGUGUUGUGAUAAUAUAUCCAUCACAUCAGUCCUCUUACAGUGAUAAGCAUGAUUUCAACUCCCAAGACUAACGGUCAGGUCACUAACCGAUUCAGCAGGAUUCCAGUAAACAUAUUGGUCUGAGCUUCAGUUUGUCCAUUUUGUGUAUUGAACCAGGAUCAGACUGUAGCUAGGAAGCGAAAAGGAGGAGCAGGGGUGCAGAUCAUUGUACUGGGUAAGGUUGAUGGGAGAUAUGAGCCCAAUGACAUUUGGAGGGCCUCGAGUUAGCCAACCCUGAUGUAGGAGGAAGAGACUUGUGAAGGUAUCGGGUGCCUGAAGCAAAGAGGAAAACAAAGCAACCAACAAGAGAAGGGUGUUAAAGAGGGAAACAUGUAGAGCAAUGUAACCUGCAAACAUGGAAGACAAGUUUGCACUUGUUUUGCCCCACCUCGCUACCUUCAAGUCUAUAUAGCUCACAAAUAGAUGCAGUGGCAGCUUGCGGCCUCUAGCUGUUCUUUAUUAAUGAAGUAUAUUAUUAAUUGUAUGCCAGCCAGGGCUUUUGGAACAGAUGUCACAGCAAUCUAAGCUGAAGCACCUUGCAUUUGGUGGCCACAUCAUGAGAAGCACUUUACAUUUCCAUGUUUCCGCUUGUGCCAAAUGUAUAAUAAUGGUUUUGUAUCUGUUCGUAUGAGUAUGUGGGUGAUGAGGAAUUGGAGCUGGUGGUGUAAGAUUGAUUAGGGUCCCUUGGCAUGAUGGAGCCUUCCCAUCCUUGAUGAAUCUGCCCCGACAAAACUACUGCACCCUGGGAAUUAAGCAUCAAGACUGAGGGGAUGUGCAUUUACUCACACAUACCCGUCAACUCUGAGAGUAGAUAAUAGAGAUCCUUUGAGAGAAUAGGGUACUGGAAGGACAUCUGUAGAUGGAGAUUUUACAUGUAUGCUGUAGUUAAGCCAUCUAGAAUCCCCACUAGCAGAGAGCAUUUUGCCUGUCGUCUUUUCUAUUGGAACUCUUAAAAAAAAUAAAGUGCACAUUUCUUCAACUUUGGGUUCCCAGCUCUGGACUCCAACUCUGAUAAUUUCCAAAUACCGUAUUUUUUGCUCUAUAAGACUCACUUUUUCCCUCCUAAAAAGUAAGGGGAAAUGUGUGUGCGUCUUAUGGAGCGAAUGCAGGCUGUGCAGCUAUUCCAGAAGCCAGAACAGCAAGAGGGAUUGCUGCUUUCACUAUACAUCGAUCCCUCUUGCUGUUCUGGCUUCUGAGAUUCAGAUUUUUUUUUUCUUGUUUUCCUCCUCCAAAAACUAGGUGUGUCUUGUGGUCUGGUGCAUCUUAUAGAGCGAAAAAUACGGUAGUUUAGCCAAGAGUGAAAGGAAUUGUAGUCUAGCUGCAUCUGGGGACCUAAAGUUCAAAAAGGUUGAUGCAGGGGAUUUUGGCUUUAUGGAUGUGCACCUUCUGAAUCAUGUGUGCCCCAGCACCACAAGGCAGCAAAUGGCAGCAAAUUAGGGCUAUCCUAUCAGUGACUGAGAGAAAAGCAAGCGGGUGGUAUGUGUUAAGCUGAGAAACUAAAGCAUUCAGCCCCAACCUGGGCCCUCCUGUUGUUGGAGUGCCACUCUCCUUGUUCAUGACAUUUGGCCAUGCGAGUUGAGGCUGUUCAUGGCUGCUCAGCAGCAUCUGGAGGGAACCAGGAAGUGAAGGAAGGAAUUUCUAACUUUUAAUUGACACAUCAGAACAUCCUGUGAUUUUCACAGAUCCCUGUUUAUAUUGCUUUCUUUGGCGUAAACACCAGUAAAUAGAAGAGAUGCUAAAGCAAGCUAUGCAGUAUCUGCAAUGACAUUUAAAGCAUGCAAGGCAUUAUCUUUGCAAUGCAGCUUACAAAUGUUGUCUCUUAAUUGUUCAAAUACCCCUUUGGGACAGAAAUAUCCCGAGGAAUGAAAAGAGGCAGCAUGUUGCACCAUAACAGCAAUGUUAAUUGGAAGAACUGCCAUCUGCUUUGAAUUCCUACGCCUCCGUUGAAAAGACAUAAUCCCAUACCAAAUCAGUGCAUUGGUCAGCUCAAAGUGGCAUUUUUGUGGGGACUACUUUAAGCCACACAUGCAUAAAAUGUAUUCUGAUGAUAGCUCUGUGAUUCAACAGGACAUUUGUGUGUUGCUAAUGCUUUCUUGGAAGUGAUUUUAUAACUUCCUGGCUCCUCUGAAUGUUAAAUGUCAGUUGUACAAUAAGUCUUAAUUGGAAAGAAUUACAGCUACUCUGUUGACAGGGUAUAGUGGAUUGGAAACAGACUAAAUGCUUAGAGUAUACCGAUUGAAAUCAAAGGAACAAGUUAUGACUAACUCAAUUCUCAUUUAUUUCAGUGAGUCUGCUGUAAAUAUGACUAAGUCUGGAUGCAGCCCAUUGUUGAGGCCAUCCAGGACUCUCAGUUACCAGAGAGCGGAGUUGCACAUGGACUUCCGCAAGGGGAAAGCCUAUGUGCAUAGGUUUCCAUUAGAGCUGGAAUCCAUCAUGAAGCAUGCCUAAUAUGUGAAUACUGUGGAAUAGAGAAUGUAGGGGAAGCUGUAUAUCUUCAGGGGCAGAGCUAGGAGCAUGAACUUGCUCUCUGGUAAUAUUCUAUUCUGUUAUAUUCUAUUGCAAAAAGGGGUUAGUGUGUCCAGGAAACUUAAAUAUUGGUGCAGAUGUGUAUGUGUGUGGAAUGCUUGGCACUUUUUCUUUGAACUGUUUAUCAAAUCAGAAUUGGCUUUCCCAGUUGCUUUCAUCUCCAUAUCUUUCCCCCUUUAUAAAGGAAAGCAAAAAUUGUGCAUGAGGAAAACUUUUAACACUCCUUCGGCCCUGCUGCUUUGCCAGUCAGAUUUGGGACCCCCCCCAUCUCUGAUUUGAUAGCGGCAAAAUAUUAAAAAGCCAACAUAAUUUGGAAGACACUAAAUGUAUCCUCUGCCUUGAUGUCUACUGUGGCUCUUGAGAGCGGAAUUAGACAUUAUAAAAAUAUGUGUGGUGAUUAAUGAAAAUGAUGGGCUCUUCCUCACCCCCUCACUCAAUUUCUUACUGGUACUAAUUUUAAAAUUGAGAUAAACUCACAUGCAUGAUUUGGCUCUUAUCAAUGCAGCAAUCCUAUUAGUGUGGUUACUUUUUGAAAAACAAAGUGCAUAAAGGGUUAAACCACAUAGAUCCACUGAGCUACAUUUUGAGGGCAGGGAACAGAAUAAAACAUUGUCAAAUAAGUAUAGAUACUUGUGGGAAGGCUGUUACAUAGUUGCAGAAGAACAGGAGUAUGCUUACUUCCUGUUGAAUAAUCGUCUCGAAAAAUAGCUUGAACGCACUCAAAUAUUGCACAUGGAAAAAACAUGUUGAUUUCUCAUACAUGAUACUUCCUGGUGGCCCAGACAGUAAACAUUUCAUGGCCAUUCUUGUGAUGUUUGUUCUCUAUUCCUUCUAGGUGCAUGUUGGAGACAGUUCUUGGCCCACUGACUGGCAAGAUUAUUUGGUCUUGGAAGUAAAAGCUGUACCAAAUGGACAAUAUGUCUAUUACUAACACACCAACAAGUAAUGAUGCUUGUCUGAGCAUUGUUCACAGUUUGAUGUGCCAUCGACAAGGAGGGGAGAGUGAAACAUUUGCAAAGCGAGCAAUUGAAAGCUUAGUAAAGAAACUGAAGGAGAAAAAAGAUGAAUUGGAUUCUUUGAUUACAGCUAUAACUACAAAUGGAGCUCAUCCUAGCAAGUGUGUUACAAUUCAGAGAACAUUGGAUGGAAGACUUCAGGUUGGUAGAAGCACAUAUGAUACCUUAAUAUCCUUACUCUGAGAGCAGCAGGGUAUGGGACAUUUUGAAAUAGGGAGAGUAGUGGUAUGAGAGCAUAAUUUGCUUUGUGUCAUGGAAAUCAAUUUGGGGUUUAUAAACUGGGUUGGUUCCUUGUGGUGGUAUUUACAGGGUAUAAAGUGUUGUGUUGCUACCUGUAGUGGUUCUAGGGGUUGCUCGUGCGUAAGCCGGUGCAAACACCUGUCUGGGUUGCCUGAGUGAACCUUUUCUGUCCAGACAGCCACUCACCCGUGGCUGUCUCAAUCGCUGGCAGAAUCCGUCAGUGGGCGUUUCUUAAACUUCUUCCAGCAAAGAAGCUCUUUGACGCCUAGUCUCCUCCUACUCUCUCUGCGCGAAAGCCUUCUGCGCAAGGAGGGCGUGGGCAACGGAGGACCCCUACUCUCCCCGCUGGUCAUGGGACCGCCUCGCCGCUUCCCCCAUCUGCCCCCCUUCUCCACUGGUGCUACGCUGAUUCUCUUCCCCAGAAGAUGGGCUGCCUCUCCCAAUCCCGGGACGCUCUCUGGAAUCCCUCUGGAUCUUGCUCUCUCCCUCCGGCACUGAUGGCAGUUCCCUGACACUACCGCUUAGUGACAUUUGAUUCUGAUCCUUUUCAUCCUUUGUGAUUUUCUAUUCUCAUUUGAAAUUUUUAUGAUCUUCAAUCUUUCUAGGUGGCUGGUCGUAAGGGUUUUCCUCAUGUAAUUUAUGCACGGCUAUGGAGGUGGCCUGAUCUUCACAAAAACGAACUCAAACAUGUCAAAUAUUGUCAGUAUGCUUUUGACUUGAAAUGUGAUAGUGUCUGCGUGAAUCCAUAUCAUUAUGAGCGUGUUGUAUCACCCGGCAUUGGUAAGUAUGUUCAUACUGUAUGUGGAGUUGCAUUUCAUUAAUGUUUCAUUAGGUUGAGUAUUGCAGGUUUUUCAUUCACCCUGCUGUCCUGUGCUUUUUCAUGAUACCUCAUGUAUCCAGUUGAUUCUAGAUUAUUGCAAAACACCCUUGGGGCUGGACAAGGGCCCAUCCCUCCAAAACCCAGUUGCAUGUAUUUGCUUUUUUUAAGGGACGAAGGAAUAUACUGCUUUUUAGUCUAUAGGUAGGUUGCUGCUGUGGCAGCUGCUGCUUACCAUGAAUGCUGUGCUGGUAGAAGCAAGGUUGCAGCCCUCAGGUGCUCUUGAUCUUCACCUCUGUCACUUAAGCCAGCAGUUCUUGGUUUGUGCCUUUCCCUCAGACAAAGUAACUUCAGCGCUUAGGGAGAUCUGCUGGGAGAGCAGGCUUUCCUGACAGUGGAACAACCCAGACCUUUCCUUCCUACUUUAGUGGGGAUGCAGGCCAAAUCUUACACCAGGGAGUGAUGUUCUGUAUUUCUCUGCACUUAGGGAAAGCAAUAGCAGGAAAAAGUACAACAGCUGUGGGGUUAACAUGAGUAGAGAGUUCCUGCCUCUCUUUGGACAGGGUUAUUUGAAAUACCAUAUCACAGAGCAGUUGUCUUCACCAUUUUCUGACUUGAGACCCGACCUAAACAUUCAUUUGGUGACCCUCCCUUUUUAAAAUAAAAUAAAAAAGGCCAUAUAUUUGUAUGGUGGUAGUCCUGCCACCUUAGAUUAGGCCAUGACCUGGGAGUAGGUCCUGUGUUACCAGUUGAUGUCCAGUGCCAUAGAUGACCUUGGGAAUUCUUCUUUGGCUUCGGUUACUGUGGUAUUCUGGCAUUUUUUGUCUAGCCGUGUCUUUUCCUUCAAGGAAUCGGGAUACCUGUUGCAUCAGGGUUGUGUUCUGUACUGCUGCAGCCAACCUGUUCUUGCUGAAAGUUGACCCUUGAGCAAUGUUGUUCUAUCCUACAAGAUUUAGGCUAUCCCUCACAAGUGGCACCUACUGUUAAUGCAGUGUCUUCCAACAAAAUGUAUAGAACAUUCAGGAAGGCUUUUGAAAAGAGUUGUGUCUCGUGAAUCUUCCUUCCUUUUGAAGGAUCUUUUAAAGUUCCUCUAAGAUGGGUUGAAUGAGAGUCUAAACACCAAAGGGGGGUAUAAUAAUAAUAAUAAUAAUAAUAAUAAUAAUAAUAAUUUAUUAUUUAUACCCCGCCCAUCUGGCUGAGUUUCCCCAGCCACUCUGGGCGGCUCCCAAUCAAGUAUUAAAAACAAUACAGCGUUAAAUAUUAAAAACGUCCCUGAACAGGGCUGCCUUCAGAUGUAUUUUAAAGAUAGGAUAGCUACUUAUUUCCUUCACAUCUGAAGGGAGGGUGUUCCACAGGGCAGGUGCCACUACCGAGAAGGCCCUCUGUCUGGUUCCCUGUAACCUUACUUCUCGCAAUGAGGGAACCGCCAGAAGGCCCUCGGCGCUGGAUCUCAGUGUCCGGGCUGAACGAUGGGGGUGGAGACACUCCUUCAGGUAUACAGGACCGAGGCCGUUUAGGGCUUUAAAGGUCAGCACCAACACUUUGAAUUGUGCUCGGAAACUGGGAGCCAAUGCAGAUCUCUCAGGACCAGUGUUAUGUGGUCCCGGCGGCCACAUAAGAGGUAUAGGUUGGUUGCUCGAGAGCAAUCAGGCAAUAUGCUUCAAUAGUCAGUUUUAAAGCUUUCUUAUCGGUGAUAAAAACCUUUGGAAUGCAGAGCGCCUCUAUUCCGUGUCUUGCUCAUUCACUGGCAGAAUCUGAGAGUGGGCGGUCCUUAAACCUUCCCCAGCAGAUUAGUUUCUUGACGCCCAGUCUGCGCCUCCCCUCUCUGUGCGGACGCCUACUGCGCAAGGAAGGCGUGGAUAACGGAGGACCUCUCUCCUCCCCGCUUUGCUCAGGCAAGGUGUCCAGGCACCGCCUCGCCUCUUCCGAGCCCUGCAUCUCCUCUCCUUUAGAGGCAUGGCUACUCUCCUCCGCUGAGGAGGUGCUGCUUCCCACGAUCUUUGGGGGCUCUCUGUAAUCCAUCCGGCUUUCCCCCUCUCGCCCCUGAGCCGAUGGCAGUUCCCUGACAGGGCGUGUCUUUCGUGGUGGAGAGGAAGGGUCAGUCCCUUGUCCAGGUCUGGAGAUCAGUUAGGCUUUUUACUAUUAUUAAAGCCACCUCACUGACUGAGCAGGGAAGACCUUAAUCAUGUCAUUAAUUCAUUAAAUUCCAUUUAUGAAUUGCUUUCCAUAGAAAUCUCAAAAUGAUUUCACAUGAAAAGCAUCAGCUAUAACAACAAUUACACAAUUUCCUAUCUAAAAGCAAUUAUAACAAUUCAAAGAAAUUGAAAACAUUAUCAUAUAUAAAAACAACUAAAACCUUUCCAUAUUUAGAAACAAUUCCAUAUUUAACUCCAGUAUUGGUGGUAGAGGGAAGUGAAUAGGUAAGGAGACAGUUUUCCAGUUUGUUAUAAAAGUUGUGAUAGAAAGUUAUUUUAAUGAGUAUUUUAAGAGUAAAAUUUCACUUUUCCAGUUUUCCACAAACAUGAAGGAAAUGUUUAAUUGUGCUUCACUGACAUAUACAGUAUGCCUGCAGUUAUUUACCCACCUUCUGUUUAUAGGCUUUAUAGAUAGUAAAAUAUUUGUUUAUUGGUAUUUAAAACUGAAUUAGUGACUUUAUAUGCUCUUUUCUCUUUAAAGAUCUGUCAGGACUGACACUGCAGAGUUCAGGUAAGCUAUACGUGAAAUCAUAAGAAGUAUAAACAGCAAUAUAUUUUAAGGUGAAUGCCUCUUCAAUUUAAAGCAUAUGCAAAGCAUUGCUAGGGAAAUUACUUUGAGAAUACUCAAGUUAAUUGAUAUACAGACAUCUUCCACUUGUUUGUGAUGGACUCACGUGGUGGCGGUAAAUAGUAAAAUAACUUAAUUCAUACCCGGAAAUGGAGGGAGAGAGAUGGAGCAUCUUUGUGGCUCACUAGGAGACCCUCCCCAGAGUCCAAAGAGGACUGAAGAGGAGAAGAGAGAUCCAGCAGGGCUUUGUUUAUGCUGCUCAGCCUCCCCAUCUAACAGCUGGUGUGUGGGGUAGCACAGCCAUAGCUGCUGCUUUCCUGCACUGCCUCCACCCAGCCCCAGAGCUUCAGUUCCAGUUGUGGAUAUUUUGGGUACAAUAUUUUUGAUUUUUGGAGAGAGCACAUCAGAGAGGGCAUUUAAAGGGUGUUUAGAGAGUGUUCCCCAUUUACACAAUUUUCACUUAUGCGUGAGGGGCACUGGAAGGUAACUCCUGUGUAAGUGGGGAGUCGCCUGUACUAUGGGCCACGCAAACGUGUACAGACAUGAGGGUAGAGAGAGAAAUGUUCUUAGGCUGGGGUCUACUGACAUUUUACACCAAUGAUCUCAGUGCUACUGGAUGUAGCUAACUAAAUUAAAUCAACUAAAGUUAAUUUAACAACCUUAAUAAGAUAUUGCAUGUAUCUAAAAUGUUAAAAUUCUAAUUAUAUUUGUUCCAUGUGUUCACUAACAGAAGAUGAUUAGGUUGGAUAUCUUCAACUCUUCUCUGUGCAAAGUUUGUUGAAAACAAGUUUAGGAAUUGUUGAUGGUUUCAUUUUGUCAAACUGGAAUUAAAUCCAUUUCCAUUGCUUGCUGGGGAAGUGAAAAUCCCCGCCCCCCAAAAAAGUGUAGGAUGUCUGUAUAUCUGCAGUAUCAGUUUUGUGCAUUCUUGAUGGCCACUUCUGUUUUAUCACUGAAUUAUUUGCAUAUCCAAAUGUGCAUCUUUGGAUAAUGGUGCAGAAUUGUACCAACAUAAUAUAAAGAGGUAUCUGUGUUCUGUUCAUAUUAUAGUUGAUCUGUAUUAUUUUGAUUUUCUAAAGCAGUUGAAACUUUUAGGGGUUCUAAGCAAGCCCCAGAGAUUUCCGAUUUAAUCCCCAGAGCACAAAUGUGGGAUGGAUCCAAGGGAUUAGGAGGCCCAACAAAAUAAACUGGAAUAGGCAUAGACAAGGCAAAUAGGCUUUGAUUUGAAAAGGCUGUGAAUUGCUUUGUUUGCUCCGCUUUCCAAAACUGAAUAAUCUGUACAUACAUAAAGCAUAAUACCAGUUCUAAAUUUUAAGAGUUUUGGAACCUAAAAUGUUUUUGUUUAGAGAAGCCUACCCAGAUAUGUACAAUGCUGAUGAGUGUUUUUAGUUUAUUGCUGGUCUUAAUUGUUGAAUAUUUCAAUUAGUCACUUUUAAAUAUAAUUUUCGUGUUUUACUCAUUUGGUACACUGCUUUGAUGUUUUAUUUUACAGUCAAGUGGUGUACACAUUUUAUGAAAUAAAUUAUGGGGGGAAAUACAUCCCUAAAGGGGUUGCCUGUCUAACCUUAUUUUGAAUAUCUCACCAAGCAGCUCACUUUAUUACAGAUCUGCCCUUGUAGUUAGAAGAGUUUCCCCAAUUCACUUAUCCUAAAUUUCCUUCCUUGUAAUUUAAAACAGUAUCUUCUCAUUCUAGUCUGUGGAUAAUGUCAACAAUAGCUGUCCUUUCUGAUAUAUUUUUUUUUUAAGUGUAUUCCCUUCCUUAAUAUUUCCUUGUAACUUAACCUUUUAUCUUAUCACAGCACCCUCAAGCAUGUUGGUGAAAGAUGAAUAUGUUCAUGAAUUUGAGGGGCAGACAUCGCUGUCAACUGCUGAAGGCCAUUCAGUUCAGACUAUCCAGCAUCCGCCUAGUAACAGGGCAUCUACUGAAACCUACAGCACCCCAUCCAUGUUAGCUCCUUCUGAGUCUAGCACCACCAGCACCACCAACUUUCCCAACAUUCCUGUCGCUUCCACAAGUAAGAUAACUGUUUAUUUUAAAGAUUACAAAACUUGUUUCAGCUUCUUUCAAACUUGGCAAGAUUAACUUCUAUUACAAACUGGCGAGAUUACAAAUACUGGUGUGGAAUACUGAUGUGGUUCAAAGAGCAACGCAAACCUUGAUCUGCCGUAUUGGAGGGGGUUUGGAUGAGGUGGUGGUGCUCCUCAUCCAGUGUGGUGUAGUGAGAGCCAGUGUGGUGUAGUGGUUAAGAGCGAUAGACUUGUAAUCUGGUGAACCUGGUUCGAUUCCCUGCUCCUCCACAUGCAGCUGCUGGAUGACCUUGGGCUAGUCACACUUCUCUGAAGUCUCUCAGCCCCACUCACCUCACAGAGUGUUUGUUGUAGGGAAGGAAGGGAAAGGAGAAUGUUAGCUUUGAGACUCCUUCGGGUAGUGAUAAAGUGGGAUAUCAAAUCCUAACUCUUCUUCUUCUUCUCCACCUGGCUGUGCUGGCACAGGAGCUUUUCCACAGGAGAACGCCCCAUGGCACCUGCCCAAAUGGAAGCUACCGUAUUUUUUGCACCAUAACACUCACUUUUUUCCUCCUAGAAAGUAAGGGGAAAUGUCUGUGCGUGUUAUGGAGGGAAUGCCUACGGGUGGCAUGCCUACGGAUUUUCCUCCUCUGAAAACUACGUGCAUGUUAUGGUCGGGUGCGUGUUAUAGAGCGAAAAAUACGGUACUUCCAGUGUUCUCCCUGCUGGUUGUUGCCAGUGGAACACACCAAAAUGCGACGGAGGGGGUAGGGCUGGCUGUGCUGCUGUCACAUGAUGGUGGCUGCCCAUUCUGGCCUCUUCACUGUGCUAGCAUGGGGGCUAGUGUAGCAUACAGACAUUUCCCUCUCUUCUCUCCCUGCUUCCCUUCCACUCUGGCCAGUGUGAACUGCAGGACUGUGGAUGCCGCAGUGGUUGCACCACUCCUGUUAAGCCCCACUGCUGCUGGUCAGGGGUUUGGAAUGCAGCCGCAGUCUCUGAAGUUAAGUGGUUUCUAGCUGUACAGGUACAAAAGAAUAUGGAAAAAUUGGUUUUUAAUAUGUAAAAAUUUAAAGUUAUAAUAUAUCGAGAUUAAAGAUUAGGAUUAAAAAGGAGGGAAAGGAAUUGUUGGAUUAACAAAUUUAAUUGGAAUACAAAAAGAGGAGGUAUGAUGAGGUCCGGGAAACAAGUAAACGUAAAAGAAGUGAGGAAAAGAUGGAAUUGUUUUUAACUGUUUUUUCUUUUUUUUCUACUUUGUAUUUUUCUUUUUUAUUGUUAAUUUUUUUUUACUAAUGUGAUUUUUUUCCCCUUUGAAACUUUAAUAAAUAUUAUUUUUAAAAAAAAAUGGAAUGCAGCCGCAGUCUCAAAUUACCUUACAUGUUUUCUCCUCUUCACAUCCUUGAUUGAUAUUUCGUUACAUUUCAUUGUUGAUUUUGCUGCAAUUUAAUUAGUGGGGAAAUUUGAUAUGCUUUGUAAUUAUAUGACACAUGCUUCUUAAGUAACCCUUAAGUUGAGUAGGAAUGUAAGUCUUGAAAGCUGUUCUCAUUUGAUUCCUAGUGUUGUGCAAAUGAUUGGAUUGAAGAAGAUAAUUUACGAGCAGUGGAAACAUGGCAAAACUUACACACAUACACACACACUUGCAUGCUCACAACUGUGUAGAUUGUGUGAGUGCAGAUUUGUUUGUGCAAGUAUGUGGUCAACAGUUUAGCAUUAGAAAACAUUUUGAAAUUCAGUUCUAGUUCCCAUUGUUGUAGAGAGAACUUGUGUGUGCAGUUACCUGAAGUAUGUACAGAAGUCAGAAGACUGAGAAAUGAUUUAGUGACUUGAUAGUGAAGAGUUAAUGGAAGACCCCUGGGUAUAGGGCGGUAUAUAAAUUCAAUAAUAAUAAUAAUAAUAAUAAUAAUAAACACUUUGCAGUGGUCCUGUUUGCUCAUCUGAUUACUACUACUCUGUGCAUGCUGGAUAACACUGUUCAUGAAAGUAUCUACCAUUGAGUAUCAACAUGUGAAAGUUAAUUCUUUUUUCGUUUAAAUAGUUUUAUUGAGUUUUCAAGAAGUAGGUAAAUAAGUAAGCAGAGGAAGUUAUCUGUUCAAUAAAGUAUGUUAGUACAUCUGCAUUACAGACAACAUCUAUUUAUGUGGGGGUUAUGUUCCGGGGGCCCCUGCAUAUAACAGAGACCAUGUUUAUUGGGAGCAUCACGGAGGGGCAGUGGGGCUUGCAUAGCCCCCACGCAUCAGCUGAGCUGCUCAGCAAGCCCUGCCUGCUGUUCCUCUAGUGGCUCAGCUAAGUGUUUCUGCUUCUCAGGCUCUUGCACAGCUGACACAUGGGGCAGUGGCUGCUGUUGCGCUACCCUGCUCAUUAGCUGUUAGGUGGGGAGGCCUCAGCAAAGCCCCAGCUCACAAGAAGACCCUCCCCAGAGCCCAAAGAGGAUGUGUUCCCCAUUUCCAGGUUCCACUUUUGAGAUCCCGGCACCACAAGAUUGCCCGCAAAUAGAGCGAAUGUAAAUGGGGAGUUUUCUGUACAUCAUUGCACUUCACUUGUUCAGUAAACAAAAAGACACGGAACCACCAUGACGAAUAAACAAACUAACUUAUGUGAAAGUUAAUACUAAGAUUUUCAGACUGUCAUUUAAAACCUACCCAGAGGAAGAAAAUAAGCCCAUGCACCUCCAAGUAUAACUUAGAAAAAUGCUGUCAAGCGGUGUCUUUUUUGUCAUUAAUUCAUACACAUGUAAAUGAAAGAAUAGGGAAUCAAACAAGACCCACUGCAUUACAGUUUGUUGGGGUGGGGGAAAGGUGUAUGUAGCCCAUACUUCUAUCAGCACUGAUAUAGUUUGAUCCACAGCCUUCUCUUAACUUGCAUGCUAGAACUCUGUUUCCUGGCCCAUUCACACACGCUGCAGAACAUCCACAAGUUAUCUCCUUGUUCUAGGUUGUCUCUUCCCACCUUACAGGUUUGGGCAUAUAGAGAAGUUCCAUUUAUAAGUUAUUUGGCAUUAAGCAGCCGGUGUUAGUAAUGAACCAUAUUUUGUGUCAUGGCUUCCUGAAGGUGCCAAAAUCAAAGAAGUGAUUUUACAAAAUAAAGGGCAAAGAAGGAGAAUUGUGAUGCUAACAUCUGUCUAAUGAAAUGAUAACUCAUUUUAAGGCAGGUAUUAACUGUUUUACAUUUUGCCAGGUCAACCCCCCAGUAUGCUGCCAGGUAGCCACAGUGAUGGACUUUUGCAGAUUGCUUCAGGGCCUCAGCCAGGAACACAGCAGAAUGGCUUUACAGCUCAGCCCGCUACUUACCACCACAGUAAGUAUUAUUUAUACCGUACAUCAGUGUUUUAGGGCACUGGUAGUUUUUCAAAUGAAAUGGAGCGGGGAAGGGGUUUCCUAGGUAAAGCAAAUUGAUCAGACUUUUCUACUCUGCAUUUUUAAGACAGUACAACAACAUGGACUGGGAGUCGAACUGCCGCCUAUACACCUACCAUCCCUCACCAUCAGAAUGGGCAUCUUCAACAUCAUCCACCUAUGCCCCAUCCUGGACAUUACUGUAAGCACCCUUUUAUUACCGCAUUGAGAUGCACUUACUUUUUGUGCAGCAUCUUGGUGGCUGCAGGAGAGGCAGUAAUGGUGCAGUGGGCUUGGACCAGAAAGAUCUGACUUUAGGUGUUUGCUCAGCUACAGAGGCCCUUGUCUGGUCUCGGGCAGGUCACUGUCUCUCACCCGAACCUACCACACAGGAAAGGAAAUGAUAUGGGAAGGGUGGGAUAUAAAUGUAAUGAAACGAAAUAAAGAAAACUCCACGCAUGUUUCUGGUACGCCUGCUCAUCUCUUAUUCUUCUGUUUAACAAACUGCAAGUGUUUGUACAAACAACACUUUGAGCAAUGGUUGGGGUACUAUUCCACAAGUCGUUUCUGCCUUACACAUUUGGGCAUUCGCUAUGUGUGUCUAUAAAGGCUGAGUUAUCUGAGUUUAUGUACAGUGGUGCCCCGCAAGACGAAUGCCUCCAAGACGGAAAACCCGCUAGACGAAAGGGUUUUCCAUUUUUGAGUUGCUUCGCAGGACGAAUUUCCCUAUGGGCUUGCUUCGCAAGACGAAAAUGUCUUGCGAGUCUUGAGAUUUUUUUUCGCUUCCCCCCCCCUUUUGCUAAGCCGCUAAUAGCCUUUUAGCAGCUAAGCCGAUAAGCCUUUAAUAGCCGCUAAACCGCUAAUAGCGCUAAUCUGCUAAGCCGCUAAUAGGGUUGCUUUGCAAGACAAAAAAACCGCUAGACGAAGACACUCGCGGAACAGAUUAAUUUCGUCUUGCGAGGCACCACUGUAUAAAAUUUGCACUGUACACGAUCCCCCCACUAAUUUCUACUGUCUGCCCUAUUUACUGUAACUAAUAAAUCCAAAUAUUUAGUGGUCAUUUGUUUUUGGAGGAUGCAGGGACUUGUGAGGAGAGUAGACAAAGAAUAAGCACCAUGACUGUUAUUUAUUUUGCAUUUUUUUUAGGGCCAGUUCAUAAUGAACUUGCAUUCCAGCCACCUAUAUCAAACCACCCUGGUAAGUGCAUAUAAAGAACGUUCAGUUGAAUUGGUGUUCUUCUAUGAGCUAAGAAAGUCAAAUUGAAAGCAGCUUCAUGCUCCCUUUAAAAUCUCUUCUACCAUUCAUUUGAUGUAUGGGCAACCUUUAAAAAAUAUAUGUAAACUUUUUUAAAGAAACCUGUGAAAAACGUUACAGUUUUGAGAGCUUUAAGGAAAAAUUGAAUAAGCUCCCUAUUUCUAGAGGCACACAGUGAAGAGAUUUAGCAAAAGCUUGAACAACUAUGUUCUAGAAGUUGAUUCCCUAUGCUCCUUCUUCUGCUGCUUGUUUGCCUGGUGCUCUGCGUUCACUUCUCUUCUCUUUCUUCCUCCUCCCUACUCCUGGGGGGAUAAAAAUCAGCUCCAGAAUACUGGUGUUCAAUUGCCUAUUUUGAAAUGGAUGUCCAAGUUGGCGAAACAUUUAAAGUACCUUCAAGCUGCCCAAUUGUUACAGUUGAUGGAUAUGUGGACCCUUCAGGUGGAGACCGCUUUUGCCUCGGUCAGCUCUCCAACGUUCAUAGAACAGAAGCCAUUGAGAGAGCGAGGUAUGUUUUGUUAUUUCCGGAAAAGUAAGCAACCAAAAUGAACAAGGGGCUGGAGCGAAUCUGUGGGGAAAGGUUGCAACAUUUGGGGAGCUUUAGUUUAGAAAAAAGGCAGGUACAGAGGGAAAUUUCAUGUAAUGAAGCUAAAUGUUGGAAUAUUCAAGACAGACGAAAGGCGGCACUAAUCCCAGGAUCCCUGUGUUAUCAACAGUUGUUUUGUGCAGUAUUAAACAUGGAAUUGUCGCUUUAAGGUACCACAAGACUCUUUAUUGUUUUUGCUGUCCACAGAUUAGGACUGCUAUCCUAUUGGAAAUUAAUGUUUUUUAAGUAUCCCUCCCCCUGAAGGAGCUGCCUACAAACUGAACUGAUUUUCUAUAUAACUGUUUCCCCUUCUUGCAUUGAGUGGUCUGGUCUUUUUCAGGUUGCAUAUAGGCAAAGGUGUGCAGCUGGAAUGCAAAGGUGAAGGUGACGUGUGGGUUCGGUGCCUCAGUGAUCAUGCGGUCUUUGUUCAGAGUUACUACCUAGAUCGGGAAGCAGGGCGUGCGCCAGGCGAUGCGGUCCACAAAAUUUAUCCAAGUGCAUAUAUAAAGGUUUGUGUGAAUCUGUUGGGUGGCAGUCAAUAUUUUCUAGAAGCCUUUCCUGACUUGUUUUUUUCUUUUUUCUUUUUACUGUAAUUGUGUUUGGCAUUGCAAGUAGAAGGGAAACAAGUUUUUAUUUUCUAAGAACAGCCUAAAGCCAAAAUAAGAAUUGAAAUAUAAGCUUAUGAAGAGCAGUCUUAGGAAGGGGUGGGAAGAUAGAGACUAUUCCUUCGAGGUUUGCUGCUGGGCUCACAGACAUUGGAUUCAUUCAUUCUCUCUGUAAGCCAUGAGACCCACAGUCAGAUUUAAAACCCUUGAUUAGGCUUGAUGACUUCAAACAUCAAAAUUAAUCGUUUUAUGCAAGUUGAUUUUUGUGAGAUGUUGACAGGUUGUUAUUUUAAUUCUACCUAUAAUGUGAGCUGUUUUAAGAACUCAACCCAUGCUCAUGCCAGCAUGUAUUUGUGGCCUUUCUCAAACUUCAUGAAAUCAGGCUGAUCUCCCUUAAUUUGUGGAAGGAAAAUAGAUCUGACCCACGUGUGGGUAUUUAACAAAAGAGUUGGCCGGGCGCCUAGAUUCAAAACAUGAGGGUUUGCACACUCUCCAGUUAGUUAACAGCACAGUGUGGAAUAUUGGUUGUUAAACCCUUUUGCAUAUCCCGUUUAGUCUACCAUAAAAUGCUUGCCCCGCUUUCUACCCUUCUUGCAAUGAGCAGUCCACACACUAUUAUAAAUAAGUUUAAAGUGUUCUAAUUACUAAAUCCAAAAGUGGUUCAUGUCUUAUUCCAUGCAGCAGCAAGGAGAACACAGGUAGAUUACUCCUCUGUAAAAAAUACAGCAUAUAAUUUCAAACAUGUGGUCUGAACAUGGACCAAGUUCAUAAACAUCCGUCCUGGUGGAUUACAUGGCAGCAAGAGAGUUUGAGAAAGGAAGCUUCCCUUGUGGAAGAGAAGGGGUGUGACCUAGCUGAGACUAGGAACAAAACUCUUGUGGUCUUAAAACCUUCAUGUGUUAGCUAGCACUCAUGCAUGCUUGUGUUGGGCUGCAGUUUCCCAAACAAUUUACCAUAGAUCCCUACUCUUUCCCCCAAAUUCACUUCCACCCCCUUCAGCACUUUUCCCUCGCUUCGUUCUUUUCCUAUACCCCCACCCUUAAUGCUUCCUCCCCAGGGGCAGCUGUGUGCGUGCGUCUGUCUUUCCAACAUGUCACUUCUCCAACAUUCAGUAGCCUCAAACCAUGUGGUGUAAGUGUGCUGUUUAUGUUGUUGCCCAGCCAUUCAUUAUAAUUCUCAUGUGCACAAAUAGUUUGGUCUGAUUUGGUGCCUAAGUUGCCUGUGUGCCUUUUCACAGAAGCCACCAUCAUUCAGUGUGGUCCAUGAUCUUCUGUUCCUGAAGCAUGUGGCAGGAACUUAAUAAACAGUUGCUACUCGAUAUGUAGUAACAAUCCCUACACAGAAUGCAUUUAUGUGGCUUCUUCUGCAUGAUUCCUGGUGUCCACCUUCGCAGUUUGCAGCGCUCUUGUUGUGUUUUCCACAGUGCAUACAACCAGUGGCGUCAGAAUCUUAGAAGGAGAUUCUUAGAAGGAGAACAGCAAAGGGAGAGAACAGUCAGCUUUAUGUUCUAGAAAUAAACUUAGCCAGACAAGUUUGUCCUAAUUUUUUGAGUUACCUGCACUUUCUGCAUUGUGAAAGCCUUAAGUGGUGGGAAUUCCCAGUUGUUUUAAUUUUGGUGGGUGUUCUUUCAAAGACUAAUUUGUAAUCUCUGCUGUUUCUUUUUUAAUAAGGUGUUCGAUUUGCGUCAGUGUCACCGUCAGAUGCAACAGCAGGCUGCUACAGCACAGGCUGCAGCUGCUGCUCAAGCUGCUGCAGUUGCAGGAAAUAUUCCUGGGCCAGGAUCUGUAGGAGGAAUCGCUCCAGCCAUCAGUAAGUGGCAUAUAAAAGUAAAUUACCAGCUUUUCCCACCUCUCUUUGCUAUUAUUCACUUUUGAAAUGAUUUUGGCAGGGAUAAAUUAAAUUUGAUCAUGCCAAACUGUGGUUUGAUCUUCCAAAUGUGUAAACAAACCAUGAUUUAUAGUUGUUCACUUGUUUCCUUUUUUUGUUCAUCACUCCUGUUUCCAGAUGCAGUGACCUCUGGAGGCAGACAAAUUAAUAGAACUGCGGUUUGUCAGUUCAGACAAAACAAACCGUGGUUUGCAACCCUAUUGAACCAUAGCUUUGCACGAUGUCUGGCUUGAGCUGUACACGUGUCUAUCUUGUUUUUCAUCAGGGAAUUUGUUGUGUCUCCUUUCAACAUGAUAUACCCCUAUGGUGAGUUGACAGGAGUGCUGGGUGUGAAAGCAUUUACAGAAUUCCUUUCCCAUGGGAAUUCACAUGGUGCAGCAGUUUUUGAUAAAUGCUUGGAAUGUCAUGUAGCAGGAAACUGGAGGCUGCAGUUCAGAUGAGACAGCUAUAUCUCCUACUGCUUUUUAAAUCUGGAAGAUGGUUAAAAAAAGUUCCCUGCAGGGCAGAAGCAGGAGAUGGUUAGGACCAGCUACGACCUGCUACCAAAAUUGGACAAAAGAAUCAUGGAUUCUGUAGGGUAGUGUAAGUUUCUUCUGAAAUGCUGCUGGAAUGUUAAAGUAAAGGUAAAGGGACCCCUGACCAUUAGAUCCAGUUGUGGCCGACUCUGGGGUUGCGGCAUUCAUCUCGCCUUAUUGACUGAGGGAGCCGGCGUCCAGCUUCCGGGUCACGUGGCCAGCAUGACUAAGCCGCUUCUGGCGAACCAGAGCAGCACACGGAAACUCCGUUUACCUUCCCGCCGGAUCGGUACCUAUUGAUCUACUUGCACUUUGACGUGCUUUCGAACUGCUAGGUAGGCAGGAGCAGGGACCGAGCAACGGGAGCUCACCCCAUUGCAGGGAUUCAAACCACCAACCUUCUGAUCGGCAAGUCCUAGGCUCUGUGGUUUAACCCACAGCGCCACCUGCCUCCCGCUGGAAUGUUAGGCUCUGUUAAAUUGAGCUUUGGCAUCAGGAUUUAGGCCUUGAGGAUUCUAAUAGGACAGUAAUAGCUGUUACACAUUUGUUGCAUAUUUUCCUUAGCCAAGAGCAUAAAUAUUUUGAGACUAUUGGAAACUGUUGCUGCUCACCCAGCAAACAAAUUUUAAAUAUUUUCAGAAAUCUGGGAAGUGUUUGGCAGCAAGCAUUGUUGCUGUUAAAGCACCCAAGCCACUCGAAAGCUGGGUUGAGGCUGGCAAAUUGCUUACCUGAAACCGAAAGCUAAGAAGGGUGUUUAAUGCAGUCCCUGGCUCUUUUUAGGUUUGUCUGCUGCAGCUGGAAUUGGCGUGGAUGACCUUCGCCGCCUGUGCAUCCUCAGGAUGAGCUUUGUCAAAGGUUGGGGACCUGAUUACCCAAGGCAGAGCAUUAAGGAGACGCCGUGUUGGAUCGAAAUCCACCUGCAUCGGGCCCUGCAGCUCCUAGACGAAGUUCUUCAUACCAUGCCUAUUGCAGACCCCCAGCCCCUAGACUGA